AAACCGUAGAAGAAGACGACAGCUUUCCAGGAAGUUCAACCCGACGGACACAUCUAAUAAUAACAAUGCGAUGGACUGUCGCUCUGAGCGCUUAAAAUAUGAGAUAUUAUGGCAUGAAAAUAUAAAGUUGUCGUCUUUAAAAUAGUAUGAUAGCCAGGUAAUAUUAGCGUGAGCGUCGCGUAAAGAAAUGCCGUUGCUGAUUCAAAAUAGAGGACUUGACCGCAUAAGCUCGACAGCGGAACUGUUCGACAAAUAUCCACAUUUACAGGAAAAUGCACGAACAUUUCACUCCAAGCCACCUGUUGAUGUCGACCCAAAGUGCCUCUUGUAUGUCCAACAAAGAGAGUUUGCUGCAACAACACCAGCAGACAACAAUGUUUCAGUAAUUGGAUCUGAAGAUGCCACCACCUGCCAUUUGGUUGUGCUGCGACACACCGGAAGUGGAGCGGUUUGCCUCGCUCACUGCGAUGGUUCGAGCACCUGGUCAGAAGUCCCGCUGCUUGUGAAAGCUGUGACAUCACUGAGUACCGUCAGUAAGGAGGGCAGACUUGAGCUCCAUCUCGCUGGAGGAUUUAACGAUGAGUCAAAAACAUCCCACAAACUCAGCCUUAACAUUCUGGCAGCGUUCCAGAAACAGAAAGAGGAUAUUCAUCUGGAAACAUGUUGCAUCACAGAAAUGAAUGACACUGUUGUUGAUGGAACUCACAGGCCUGUAGUUUAUGGAAUAGGUGUAAAUGUUAAAACGGGGGACGUGUUUCCUUCAUCGUUCACUCAUAAAGGACCUGCAGAGGAGCUGCGAUCAGCAAGGACCUUCACUGGGGGACAGAUGGCUGACAUAUAUGACUCGAGUCGAGGGCUUGUUAAAAUCGGCCCUUGCAAAUGGUCUCCAAAUCUGGAUAUUGCCUUCUGGUUGUCACAAAAUGAUGACACAAUUUUAAAGUACCUGUCCACGUCUCCAAUGGCUGAGCCGCCACACUUUGUCCAGCACAUAAAGACCACCAUCCAGUUCCUCUUAGAGCACCCCGACUCUGACAGCCUGUUCCCCGGGGGUCAGCCACAGCUCUACCACCGCACUGAGACGGGGGACUGGGAGAGGGUUGUCUAGUCAUAGAGUCCUCCUCCUUUCUCUCACUGGACCUUCACGUGGAGCCUGACUGUUCUUUGCCUCUCAGCUCAAUGGAUACACUGUGACCCAUCCACCCACUGUCUGCUUUUUGUUCAUCGUGUCUUAACAAGGGAGCUUGGACCAUACUUUAUGUAUGCUGAAUGGCUGUCCUGACUCAUCUGGCUGGUCCAGUAGUGAGAGCAGAGGAAGUACAAGUGAUUCUGUUUAUGCCUGAAACAGUUAGUUUGUCCACUCCUGUGAGGUGAUGUAAAAUCCGCACUUUACACCGCCUGCUGUGUCGCAGUUAAGGUUAAUGUCCUACUAUGCUUGGCUUUCUGAUUAUUGAGGGAAAUGUUUAACAUUAUGUCCAGUCAAAAGACAAUACUUAAAAUGUGUAUGUUUUCUAAGCCCAAAAACUGUUUUAUGUUUUCCAAAGCAUACAUUUUUUUUGUAUUUAUUUCCAUCUUGCAUGCAUCCAGUAUUCAGUUUAUACUGUCAGUGGACUUGUAAAAUUUAAAUUCAUUUUAAUUGCCUUUAUAUUUUUGUUAGUUCAUGUAUUAUCUCAAGCAAGUUUUAAGACUAAAAACUUUUCUGGAAGGUAUUUAAUCAAUCUAAAAUUUAGCUUAGGUAUGCUUUGGAAAUGUAUGGUUAAAAAAAAAGUAAAACCACAUGUACAAUCUUUAAAUGUAAAGCCUGACUUACUGUUUAGUAAUAAUUGCGGUGGAACUGUUGCAACCACAGUGAAUAUUUUUUUUUGGCACUUUGUUUAAAGCAGUGAAGAGAAUUGCUACACUCUGUAUUGUUGAAGAGAUGAGCAAAGUUUAUUUUUCUCUACAAAUGCACCUUCCUGAUGAGAAUGGAAUAUGAUAUUUCAUCAUAUACUUCAUACAGCUGUAAACUUGGCGAUGAAUGUUUUAGGAAACUGCAUGUGUAAAUGUGUAUAGUCAUUUGCAAAGGAUAAUAUGGAUUCUUGUCAAACGCAACAAAAUCUGAUUUAAUUAGUUUUGUCUUCUUCUUUUUUAAUUGUUAAAAUGAAAACACCAUCUUAUUGUAUAAGGCCUUUUCAUCAGUUGCGUUAUUCAGAAGUUUGCAAGGUGCUUAAAGCAUUUAGUGCAACUUGUGAACAUACUGUAUCUGUUGCUUAAUAAAUGUAAAUGGUCUAAUCCA